AUGCAGAAUGGGACAUACUUGAGGAACGGACCGGGAGUAUGGCACGUCGGAGAUUACGACUUGCGCCACCUCUUUGACGGCUACGCAACCCUUGUCCGCCUCCACUUUGAAAACGGCGGCCUCACGAUGGCCCACCGUCAAAUCGAGUCUGACGCAUACAAGGCCACCAAGGCCCACAACAAGCUCUGCUACCGAGAAUUUUCUGAGGUCCCGACUAGGCCCAACAAUUUAUUGGCCUACAUUGGCGACCUAGCUAACCUAUUCCGUGGGGCCUCGUUGACCGAUAACGCCAACACUGGAGUCGUUAGAUUGGGGGACGGGCGCGUGGUUUGCCUGACUGAAACCGUGAAAGGCUCAAUCAUGGUGGAUCCAGACACGUUGGACACGUUGGGGAGGUUCGAGUUUAGCGACAAAUUGGGGGGACUCAUACAUUCGGCCCACCCCAUCGUGACCGAGAAUGAGUUAUUGACGUUGUUGCCCGAUUUGAUUAAUCCAGGGUAUUUGGUGGUGAGGAUGGAGGCAGGGACGAACGAGAGGAAGGGUUGGGAGAUUCAAGAUUCCGUUGAACGGGAGGCCAUAUGGGAGUUUAGAAGCCGCAUUGGACCCAAAUGA